ACUUGGACAGUUCCUAUUUGCGUGGUUUCAUUCUUCUCCUUCUACAUCAAGUUGCAAAGGUUUCUCUCUCCUCAUUAUCUGAACUGUUUAUCCCAAAUUUCUGAUCAGUCCCAGCUCUUAGGUUUCAAGCCUCUAAAAAUACCCUUCUUUUUAUGGAGUUUGAAGUCUCCUCAUUGUUCAAGUGAUUACUUUUUGCAGUGAAUUUUGCAAAAAGAUUAUCCUGGGUUGUUGGUUUUCCUUUACAAGAAGCAAACUUUCCGUUCUUUGUCGAACUUCUUCUGCACAGAAAAAGAAAGGCUUUAUAGUGAACAGUUCUUUCAAUCUGAUUGAGGGGGAAAAAAGACUGGUCUUUUAGAGAUUAGCAUGAGAGUUUGAGGUGGAUUCUUCUGUGGGGGAAUUUCAUCUAUGGCUGGAGAAGAUUUAGUAGAGCUCAAAUUCAGGCUUGCAGAUGGAACUGACAUUGGUCCAAGCAAGUAUAGUCCAGCUACAACUGUGUCAUCCCUCAAAGAGAAAAUACUUGCACAGUGGCCUAGAGACAAAGAAAAUUGCCCAAAGACAAUACAGGAUGUGAAGCUAAUUAAUGCUGGAAAGAUACUUGAAAACAACAGGACACUCGCUGAGUCCAGACUCCCGGUUGGUGAGCUUCCAGGAGGCGUAAUCACAAUGCAUGUCGUUCUGCGUCUUCCUUUGUCAGACAAAAACAAUGAGAAACAACAGAAUGAUUCUCCAAAGAAAAGCAGCUGUGCAUGCACAAUCUUGUAGCUGUCUAAUGAGAUUGCUGAUGCUUGUUCUACUGAUGCCGGCCCCUUCAAACACAUUCCUGUUACAGCUGUUGAGAUGCAAUUCUUCAACAUUACUUGUUUCAGGAUUACCAAUGAUGGUGACAGCAGAAACAUAAAGAAAAAAAAAAGUUGUGUGGUUUGCUUUACUGGAAAACCUUGCAUUUCCAUUAUUGCUUGUGAAAGAAAGGGGUGUUGAAUUUGAAGCUUAGUUGAUGAUAGACCAAAAAAAGAUUCAAAAAAGAAAUUUAUAGGACAAAUUAUUGAUUUCGUUAUUUUUAGUUAGACUGCUCUUGAAAAUGUGAUUCUUUUGUGUCACCUGCAUACCAGAUGACCCCAUGUUUGAUCGUUUAGAAUUAUCUUUUUCAUCAAGAUGGUGAGCAGCCUUAGAUUGAGGACAAUGGUUUAUAUCCUUUCUCCUUGUUUCGUUCUUUUAUUUUUAGCCAUGAAGCAUAACUAAAAUUCAAUGCUUAUCCAUGGCCAAGGAAAGAAAGUUAAGAGCAGGACCAGAACCAUUACCAGAAAUGAGUACAAGCACUCGAUUAGCAGA